GCAGAUGACAGCUGACUGAGCUAGCGCUCUGACGAAAAGGGGAGAUCAGGAACGGUCUGGAAUAGACAUAUCUAGCGAUUUAACUGGUCAGACACUGACAUUAUUUCACGGUUAUAGGGAUUCCAUAGAGAACUGGUAUACUAUCAACAACUUGUUUGUCUUUAUCCUCUGAGUGAGCUGGUAAAGAUGGUGAAGCCAGACAUCCACACUCUGGCCCACCACCUGAAGCAGGAGCGGCUGUAUGUGGCUUCAGAGAAGCAGCUGAUCCAGCGGCUCAACGGGGACGUGCUGAAGACUGCUGAGAGACUGUACCGUGCUGCCUGGAUCACCAAACAGCAGAGGAUCAAUCUCGACAGGCUCAUUCUCACCAGUGCUGAGGCCUCCCCGGCCGAAUGCUGCCAGCAUGCCAAAGUGCUGGAGGACACACAGUUCCUGGACGGCUACAAGACUCUGGGCUUUCAGGAGAGCAUCUAUGGGGAGUUCCUGGGUCGGGUGCGCGAGAACCCUCGGCUGUUGGCCUCCUGCCUGGUGGCUGGGGAGAGGCUGAACCAGGAGCACACACAGGGGGUCAUUUACACGGUCUUCACCUCACUCUACGGCAACUGUAUCAUGCAGGAGGAUGAGCGCUACCUGCUGCAGGUCCUCCGCUACUUGGUGGAGUUUGAGCUGAAGGAGAGCGACAACCCUCGGCGGCUGCUGCGGCGGGGCACGUGCGCCUUCAGCAUCCUCUUCAAGCUCUUCUCCGAGGGGCUGUACUCGGCCAAGCUUUUCCUCACCGCCACCCUCCACGAGCCCAUCAUGCAGCUGCUGGUGGAGGACGAGGACCACCUGGAGACGGAUCCCUCCAAGGUGACGGAGCGCUUCACGCCGGCCCAGCAGGAGCGCCUGUUUGGGGAGAAGGGCUCGGAGGGCUACAGACAGAAGGUGGCAGCCGCCGUGGAAGCCAACGAGGCCAAGUUGGUGACCCUGGUCAACAAGUUCAUCGGCUACCUGAAGCAGAACACCUACUGCUUCCCCCACAACCUGCGCUGGAUAGUGUCUCAGAUGUACAAGACACUGUCGUGCGUGGAACGGCUGGAGGUGGGCGAGGUGCGGACCAUGUGCACGGACCUGCUGCUCACCUGCUUCAUCUGCCCAGCCAUAGUCAACCCUGAGCAGUACGGCAUCAUCUCAGACGCCCCUAUCAAUGAGGUGGCUCGCUUCAACCUCAUGCAGGUAGGGCAGCUUCUUCAACAGUUGGCAAUGGCUGACGAUGAUGGAGACCCCCGGAGGAAAAAGAGUUUGGCCAAGUUCGAUAAGAGCUGUGUAGCUGCCUUCUUGGAUGUGGUAAUCGGAGGGAGAGCUGUGGAGACACCGCCCAUGUCCUCCAUGAACCUACUAGAAGGACUCAGCAGGACUGUGGCGUACAUGACACACAGUCAGCUCCUCUGCCUGGUGGACUUUGUACGGAGUGUGAUGGCAGGGGACCACCUCCGGGAGGAGGAGCACAUGCUCCUGGAGACCAUGCUGGCCAACGUGCCCCAGUCCCGCACGGUGAAGAGCAACAGUCUGGAGCUCACCCCCUCCAACACCCCCCAGCUCUCCCCAGCCACCACCCCCGCCAACAAAAAAAACAGGAACAUAGCAGCCUCCCGCAGUCGUAGCCGUUCCGAGCUGGCCCAGCAGGGGGAGGCAGAGGCUAGCUCUCUGGAGUCCCUGCAGGAGGUUAUGCCAGAGGAGGUGCUGGUGAUCUCACUAGGAAGCAGCCCGCAGACCAUCCCUGGGAUGAUGUCAGAGAAUGAGGUGUUGACCAUGCAGCUGACUGAUGGGUCACAAGGGGACAUUCCUGCAGAUGACACCAAGCACCAUGGCAAGCCAGACAAAACCCUGCGCUUCUCCCUCUGCAGUGACAACCUGGAGGGCAUCUCAGAGGGUCCAUCUAACCGGUCUAACUCUGUGUCGUCUCUGGACCUGGAGGGAGAGUCUGUGUCUGAGCUGGGAGCUGGGCCAUCAGGGAGCAAUGGGGUGGAGGCUCUACAACUGCUGGAGCAUGAACAUGCCACCACUCAGGACAACCUGGAUGACAAACUGCGUAAGUUUGAGAUCCGCGACAUGAUGGGCCUGACAGAUGACCGGGACAUCUCUGAGACAGUGAGUGAGACCUGGAGCACAGACGUGCUGGGCAGCGACUUUGACCCCAACAUGGAUGAGGAUCGACUGCAGGAAAUAGCUGGGGCGACUGUAGAGAACAUGCUGGGCAGCCUGCUGUGCCUACCAGGCUCCAGCUCAGUGCUGCUAGACCCUUAUGGAUCCACCAUCUCAGAGACCACCAGCGAGGCCUGGAGUGUGGAGGUCCUGCCCAGCGACUCAGAAGCCCCAGACCUGAAGCAGGAAGAGCGUCUACAGGAGUUGGAGAGCUGCUCAGGGCUGGGCAGCACCUCCGAUGACACAGAGGUCAGAGAGGUCAGCUCCCGGCCCAGCACCCCAGGGCUCAGCGUCAUCUCAGCGACAUCAGAAGAUAGAGGCAAGACGGAGGACCUGCGGUCGGAGUGCAGCUCGGACUUUGGGGGGAAGGACUCUGUGACCAGUCCAGAUGGGGAGGAGUCGUCCCACGGAGCACACCACAGUUUGGCUUCUCCGGCCUCGCAGGCAGACUCCUUACUGGCCAUGUUCGAUCCCCUAUCCUCCGGGGAAGGUUUCUCUACUGGUACCAUCGUGAGGCCCAAAGUGCACUACGCCAGGCCCCUUCAUCCUCCCCCUGACCCUCCCAUCCCAGAGGCCUGUGCCCUGGGCCAGGAGCCCCGCUACUCCCUGUUCACGCCCCACUGCCUGGCCCAAGCUGAGCUGGAGCACACCAAGCAACGCCACUCCUACCCAGACAGGCUGGUACGCAGCCGCAGCUCUGACAUUGUUUGCCAAGGCCGCCGGCCUACCAGCGACCCGGGCCUCAACCGCAGAGCGGCAGCCGAGGAGCGGGACCCUGCCGGGCACUUCUCCAUGGGGCCGUCCUCGUCCCCCAGCAAGGAUUCCCUAAAAGGAGAGGUUGAGGAGAGAAAGGACAGUGAUGAGGAAAAGUCUGAUCGCAACAGACCAUGGUGGAAGAAACGUUUUCAGUCAGCCAUUCCCAAAGUGCUGUAUUGGACGGCUGAGAGUGAAGUCCCAGCUCCGAUAGCCUUCCGGAAAAGGGACAGGCAGGAGAAAGACGAUGUGGGCCAUGAACGCGUCCCACAAGACGACACUCUGUCCAGGAACUCCCAGGCCCAGGCAGCAGAAGACAUCCUGGACAAAUACAGGAACAUCAAGAGGACCAGCCCUAGUGAAGGAGCCACCGCUGCAGCCUAUGACACCACAGGAGAGCUGUGUGGAGAGGAGGGUUUACACGACGAAGCUCUGCAGAACAUGUCCACAGACGACCUGCCAGACUCAGCCAGCCAGACAGCCCAGCAACACGACUCCAGCAAGUUCUCAUUCAGUGAUGCAAAGAAGAAGUUGAGACUGGCCUUGUGUUCAGCAGACUCUGUGGCUUUCCCCCUCAUGGCUCCUGCCACCACACGCAAUGGGCUGCCUGACCACACGGACUCUGAAGACAAUGAGAUCGUGUGCUUCCUGAAGGUCCAGCUGGCGGAGGCCAUCAACCUGCAGGAUAAGAACCAGAUGGCCCAGAUCCAGGAGACCACUCGCUGCGUCAGCCGCUUCGACGCACGUACCUGCAGGAAGCUGCUGGCAGCCAUCGCCGAGGAUUACAGGAAGCGGGCGCCCUACAUAGCGUAUCUGACGCGGUGUCGGCAAGGCCUGCAGACGUCCCAGGCCCACCUGGAGCGGCUGCUGCAGCGGGUGCUGAGGGACAAAGAGGUGGCUAACCGCUACUUCACCACAGUCUGUGUUCGCCUCCUACUGGAACACAUGGAGGCGAAGUCCCUGGACUUCAUCAAAGCCUUCCAGGGGUGCACAGCGUCAGAUGACAAGACGGCGGCAGUGGAGGACUUCCUGCGCUACCUGUACGGGGCCAUGGCCCAUGAUGCCAUCUGGCAGUACGCCAGCGAGGACCAGCUGCAGGAUGCCCAGAUGGCCAUAGAGCGCAGCGUCAUGAACCGCAUCUUCAAGCUGGCCUUCUACCCCAACCAGGACGGGGACAUCCUGAGAGACCAGCUUCUUCAGGAACACAUAGCGCGUCUCUCAAAAGUGGUGACGGCAAAUCACAAAGCUCUUCAAAUCCCAGAGGUGUAUGCGAGGGAGGCUCCCUGGCCGUCUGCCCAGUCGGAGAUCCGGACCAUCAGUGCCUACAAGACUCCUCGGGACAAAGUGCAGUGUAUACUGCGCAUGUGUUCCACCAUCAUGAACCUCCUGAGUCUGGCCAACGAGGACUCUGUCCCUGGAGCUGACGACUUCGUCCCUGUGCUUGUCUUUGUCCUGAUAAAGGCAAACCCGCCCUGCCUGCUGUCCACUAUUCAGUACAUCAAUAAUUUCUACGCCAGCCGGCUGAGUGGGGAGGAGUGCUAUUGGUGGAUGCAGUUCACCGCGGCAGUGGAAUUCAUUAAGACCAUCGAUGAUCGCAAGUGAAGCAGAACCGCCACCUGUAUGGGGAAGGAGACUGGGAGACUUCCCAACCAACUGCUCCCUCUCCCUCUGCUCCCCCAGGACCCAGACCCACACCCUGUCUGUCUGCUCUCUGUUUGUAUAGCUGUACAUAGUCAGAGACUUUGAGAGAUUUAAAAAGUAUAUAUGAUUAUUAUGUGGACAAAAUCCAGGUUUUAUCAUGGAGAAAAAGGCCUUGGAAAAAAUGGCAAAUGUUAACUUUGAACUUAAACUAAUUAGCAUUUUUCAUUUAAUCUCUUGUCUCUAGUCAUGUUGAGGUGUGGGGGUCUAUGUCUUGAAUGUUUUAUCUAAAGUUAUGAUUCUGACGUUAAAUUGACUGAUGAAAGCGUCUAAUCAGAUGAAAAGGGACCAUGUUUCCUAGAGAUGAUCUCAGAUAUAUGUUGUGGAAGGGGGACUACCUGAAGGUGAGCAAGAGAGAAAGGUUGUUAAAUUGUGACAUCUUUCCCCUGAAAUACUCUUCAUCCUAAUGCUCUUCAAGAUGCAUCGUAUCCUGGGGAAUCGCAUAACUCAAUAGAUACUGACUGAGUAUUGGUGACUCAAGUAAAUUUAUAAGAUCAACCCAAAAUAACCAUGCUAAUAUAUAUAUAUAUUUUUUACAUUAGCACAUCAAUAAUAGGACAGCUUUUUUCAUAAAAUGUAAACCAGAUGUAUUCAUUAUUCGGUUCAUCCUUCCCUAAAUACUUUCCGUGGCAAUUUGGACAGAAGGGCCCACAUAUUUAUAUAUAAAAUGUAUUUAUUUCUUUCAUUCUAUUUAAUGGAAUUGUAUUUUAUUUCUAUAAAUGAAAUCAUACAUCAUGCCUAUUUAGGAGAUUUAAGGCAGCUGUAAGGGUUGAGAUAUUUUAAUAGUGUUAGGAGGGCAAGCACAGCAUUGUCCUCAGACUGAGAAGCCCCCAGGAUAAGAUGUUGGCUGUUUGCUACAGCUUAUAGACAGGGUCACCACUGAUCAGCUCCUGCACAAUAUCAGUAGUGCUGGUAUUUUUAGAAAUACUGAAAUGUGCCUUGAGGAGGGCCACUUUGUGUAAGUCUGUUUAAAAAAAAAAAAAAAAAAAAAAGUUUUCUUGAAUGAGGGUUCUGCUUUUGGUUUUCCAUAAAGGAUAGGAUAGGCAUUACUUCCCCAUACCAUUAUUACAGGUGUAGGCAACAUACGGCCCGGCCUGCGAGCCCUAUCCAGGCCGCGGGAGGUUUGAGUAAAAAAAUAAUAAUAAUAAAAAAAAAAGGUUAUUUUGGGUAAAUUAUUAUUGGGUUAAAAAAUAAUCCAGGCCACUCUUGAACGUCUAAAACAAGAUUAAGUAUGUAAAAAUUCUAAUGUUAUAAUGACCUAUACGUUUUCAAAUAACUGCCAGCGAAUUACUUUUGACGAACAAAUCGGUCCGGGAAAAAAAAUCUUUGCGCCUCUCCACUGAAUUUUGAAAAGCCUUCAAGCCUAAAUUAUUGCCCACCCCUUCAUUAUCACCAUUGAACCCCACAGCCGGUCUCACUGAGAAACCUCUUUCCAACCUUAGUGCUGGGAGUGGAACACCACUGGUUGUUUCGGUUCAUUCCCUUUGCACUCAUCUCCUUUCCCAUUGCCGUUUUCCCCUUCAAUAUUUAAUAUCCUACCUCAAAGUUAGAACCAAUGAGCCUGACGUUUCUGUUUGUGCACAAUACUCUUUAAUAUUGGUUGGAUAUGAAGAGUAAUGGAACAGGUAUUCACUGUUUAGCAUCAGCUUCCUCUAUUGACACUGAUGAAUGCUCUCUUGCAAUUACAUGGUAUAACAAGGAAGUAAAGCAUUUCCAAAUGAACAAGUUGACUAUUUCUGUAGUUGAAGCUGUUAUAAUGCAUGUAUGUUUCAGCAUAGAGCAGAAAGACUAGUGAUUGGAUUAGCUCUCUACCUCCUCACACGAUCAAGAAAAGGACUCUUAAAUGUGUAUGCACUCUUGUAUUAUUUGAUUUCUUCUUUCAUUUUAGAGUGCAGGGAUAUUCCAGUUUCAUGUUCUUUCAUUUACAGGCAUGCUUCUAAUCACUUACAGCCAAAGGCACCAAAACUCAUAAAAUCAUCUGUUUAUGUUGCAGCUACAAAAAGCAGGAGCACUGCCCCCUCUGUUUGUGCAACUUAGCAUUGUGCCAAGUGUAUGUCUUAUUUUCUCUUUUAAAUCACUGCUUUCAAACAGUAUCCCAUUAAUAGACAGCACAACAAAAAGAGCAAAUAAUCAGAACACUAUCUGAUAUGUUACUGACCAUUGAAAAAGGCAUUGUGGGAUAAUGUGGGCUGUGUUGCGUGAGAGGUUUGUACAGUGAAUGUGUGAUAUGUUGGUUUGUUAAGAGUGUGUUUUUGAGAGGUCCACCCUCUUCCUCCUCUUUCACAAUGUCAGGACGAUCUCCUUACUGUAGCUACAGUACUACUCGAUGAGCAGUAAAUCCUUGUUGGUGAAAAACCUAAAAUAUUUCUAGAGUUAAUUUCGAACUCAGACCAGUUCUGAAAGGGUUGUGAAGAAUGAGGCUGGGUUUUCUUUUGUCUGUGUCACUGAUGUAAUUUCUUUUUCAAUGUUCAGAGCUUAAUUACUCUGGAUUUUUUGUACAAGGUUAGCGAAGCUUGCUCCGUACAUUUGACAUGCAGAACUUCACAUGUUUUCUACUCUGCUCUUUAGUAAUGAGUCACACUCGUUUUAACUAAAGCCUCUGACAUUACAAAUGAUACUGUAACGGAGAUUUCUAUGGGUAGUUUAGCUAGGUCUGACUGUUACACUUUAUCCAAUAACAUCAGUCAUAAGGACACACAUUUAUAAGCAAUCUCUAAAGUUGUGAUAUUAGUGUUGUCUCCAUAUUUCCUGACUUAUGUUCCUGUUUUUUGAGUAAUGUGUGUACAGCAUCUAAUGGUUUUUAAAUACACCUGUGCAAAAUAGAUGAUACUGCUGUUUAACCUGUUUGAAAACACACCCAUGUACUGAUCGGACACAAAAUGUAGAUAGACUGUAUCCAGAAGUGUUUAUGUGAUGUCACUUUAAAAGUAUGUACAGUACAGACCAAUGUGAUCACAAUCUGGACCUGGCUUGUGUAUUAAUGUUGCCUUCUACAUAUCAGUGAACAAAGAUACUUUUCAAUAGCUAGAAAACUACAACCAGCCUUCGUGUCUGACCUGAUUCAUACUGUUCAUACAGUGACAGAAUACCUCGCAUUGUGAAGUUAAAGUACAAAUACACAUCCUAACUUUGAGAAUAAUUCUUUACUAUAGCCUGAGUUUAGCAUUGAUUGUAUGCAAACAAGUGGACAGUUGCCAGAAUGGUGGACUAAAAGAGACUUGACUAUGGAAAUCUGGUCUUCAAAGCUCUGUACAGAGUAGGCAGAACAAGCAGAAAAUAAUCCAUUUUACAUUUGUAAGCUUGCACAAUUAUGACAUAUGCGAAGGGGAAGGCGUUCUGUCUUUAAGGUGAUUCAUGUAUCAUAUAAUUCUUUAAAACAAUAAAAUGCAUUUUUCUGUA